AUGGUGGCGGCGGAGUGCGCGCCGCAGUUCCGCGAGUUCCAGUGGCUGCCGGAAACCGCCAAGGCGCUCAUCGCCGCGUCGCUCUCUCCUAAGGAUGCCGUCUCGCUCGCUCUCACCUGCAAAGACCUCCGCGGCAUAGCGCGCCCCUUCACGGCCCGCGAGUUCGCGUGCAAGGCAUGCGGCGCGCGCCUCUUCUCCCCGCGCGCCCUCAUCCCCUGCGCCACCCGCCCCCCACCGCCUCCCCCCGCGCCGCCUCUCUCCCCGGCGGGCGCCUCAUUGCGCAGCAGCAGCUGCGCAUCCCCCGCCGUCCUCCUGUUUCCGCCCGACGGCUCCGCAGCGCCGCCAGCGGGCGCGCCGUCGGUGCCGCUGCUGCUGCUGCUGGACGAUGGCGCGGCGGCGUGCGUGCAGGGGGGCGAGGUGGGGGAGGGGGGGGCGAUACGCGCCCUGCACUCCAACGUGCCCUUCAUCGCCGUACCGCGCCUGUCGUGGGGGCGGGCGUGCGCGCAUCUGAUGGACGCGGCGACGCUGCACUGCGCGCGCUGCCUGCUCUUCCUCGGCAUCCAGGUCCGCACCGUCUUCCCCCGCCUCGCCGCCUCCCCCUCCCCUCCCUCUUCCGCCUCCCCCUCUCCCUCCCCCGCCCUCGCCUCGCCUGGCCUCAGCGCCGCACCCCCUCCCCGCGCAACCACCGCCACGGCAGCGUCUCCCGCUCCCCUCGCCGCCGCUGCUGGUGCCCCGUCCGCUCACGCUCAUGGCACGGCCGCGGCGGGUGUAGCAGGCCCAACAGGCGCAGCAGGUGCAGGCGCAGCAGGUGCAGGCGCAGUAGGGGGUGCGGGGCAGCAGCAGGGGCUGUACGCAGCGGAGGCGAAGGCGUUCCUGGUGCGCAAGUACCUCGACCUGCUGCGCCCUGCCUCGUACCGCGGACUAGCCUGCGCAGCCCCACCCCCAGCAGAACCUUUAGCAGCAGCGGCAGUGGGAGAAGCGGCAGCGGCAGUGGGAGGAGGGCAGGGGCGUGUGCAGGUGUAUGCGGACGGGCUGUCAGGCGAGGGGGAUGGCAGGCACGCUGUGCUGUGCUCUGGACGGCGGGGCCACGUGGGUGGGGGCAGUGGCGCGCAGGGCAAGGCGCCGUGCCUGAACGUGCUCUUCCACUCGCACCAGGUGCUGAGUGCGAGGCACUGCUGGGACGCGGGCAGUGGCACGGAGGUGGCGGUGUACUGCAAUGCGCUGCACCCGGGCGCCUUCCUGCUCGCCCCGCCACGCACCGAGGAGCUCGCACAGGGCGCCAUGCAGGUCGCUGACGUGGCGUGCGCCAGGUGCCGCGCGCCGAUUGGGUGGAAGUUCUGCUCGCUUGGGGGGCAUGGCACGGACCUGAGGAAUCUGAACCAGGUGGGCAGGUUCGGCAUCGUGCUGUCAUCCAUCCACCGAGGCAAGGAGUUCCUCCCAGCCUGGAGGGCUGCUUCGGUGUGGGAGGACUCAGAGGAGUAUGAGGACGAGGAGGAGGAGGAAGAAGAGGAGGAUGAGGAGGAUGAGGAAGAGGAGGAAGAGGGGGAGGGGGAAGAUCCGGCGCUGUCUCGCAUCUGCCGCUACCACACAGCGGAGUAG